CAGCCUAGUUCUUUCCUCCGUUCUCGAUGUCCCCUCUGUUUUGGUGGGUCCUAUAUGAAAGGGGAGGAUGUACAGGCCAUCAUAUGUUGCGAUGCGAAUUUCCAACUAAAGCGGAUUAAAGACAAGGAUCGUCGGCGUGGAAUGGAGGAGAAAGUCGGGGGGAAGGAUCCUGCUUUCACGUCACCGAGAACUGUAUUUUUGUCUGAGGACUUCGUUCAGUUUUGGAAAGAACACGUCGAGACCAUCCGCCCCACUAAAAAGUCUUCCAGGAAGCGCAGAAACCGUGAAGGGGAGGAGGUGGACAUUGAGCGUGCUCCAGCUGGUGCAGAUGAUAGGAGGGAGUUUGGCUUGCCAGUCCCGAACUCUACAUAUGAUGCUUGUUCUGAGUCUUUCAUCGCUGCCGAUGGGGAACGCAUUAAGGCAUCGACAGACUAUUUUGCGGACACUGGAGUGAUGGCGAUCCUGUGUCGCCACGAUAUACCCCUAUUCCUCGUUAACGUCCAGACGGCCGGUGAGAAACAGCACUACCUUUUCACGCUCGUCGCAAAAUUCUUUGAGCACGUCCCGGGCUCAUGGCGGGUUGGAAUAUUGUAUGACAUAGGAUGUCAGGGAGAUCGUACCCUGAAGAAAUACAACAUUGCUCCGGAGUGGAGAUCUCGAAUCGCGUGGGGUGUCUCCAUUUUCCAUGCAUAUGGUCACCAGUAUGCCUGUCAGCUUUGGUACCAUCCACGUAAAUCGGAGCUUUGGGGCCUCACGGAUGGUGAAGGUUGUGAGAGGGUGUGGAGCCAGCUGCGACAGUUGAUACCGGGCCUUCGAGUUACUGGCCAUUAUCGUCGCCUCUUUCUAAUUGAUGUCCAGGUUGAGCACAUUGAGUCCAUGAAGUCCCCUGACUCUGGAAAAUGGCUUCGAGGCCACCUAAAGAGGGCCAGGGGGCGACUUAAUGCAGCUACCGGUCACUCGGGGAAGAACAACGAUGAUCCGGUUCCUGAUCUGUUGGCACAGUUUGAGGACCAGCGACGUUAUUACAGCAAACCUUUAGAGCGUCAAUCGAAGACAGCGGCCCAGAAGCUAGUGGAUCGAAUUACUUCACUGAGGACCGAGUUAAAGACCCAAGAGACACUCUAUGAGGAGCUUGUUCGGACCAGGCCAGUAGAUGAUCCAGUUCGUCAGUUUGAGUCGCAAGAAUUCAUGGAGAAAGUGGCAGAAGAGAUUGUAAGGCUGAAGGAGUCGUUGGCCACAAACAUGCGUAUGCUUGGAGCACAGGGCGAUGCUGCCUUCGAAGAGCUGGAGCGGCUGAAGAAGGAUGAGUGGACAAAUGAACUCAUCAAUUUUCGAAUCCUUAGGGAGCAGCUUGUUCGGAAAUUGCGUUCAAGACGGUUCGAACUCAACAUACUUGAUCGCUCAAAAGCUCGCACCAUUGAUCAAAAUGUCAAGGCCCAUGUGGAGAAAGCAGUGAAGGGCCGAUCAUCUGCCAUUGACAUUACACUGCGAAAAUACAACGAGAAGCUAGAGCUUCUAAGGAGGCUUCGGACUACUUCUCCAGCCCACCAAAAUAAGUAUCUCCCACCUUCCCUCAGCCGUGACACCAUCCUCAAGUUAGAUGUAGAUCAAGAUCUUUGGCAAGAGUUCUUUGACCAAGAGCCCGGAGAGGGAGAGCUCCCCAAAUGGGUGAUGGAUUCUAGUGUUCGUGAGAGCAUUCGCUAUAUGCAGGAAGCAAAUAAUUGCCGGUCUGAGAUACGCAGACUCACUGCAGAGCAUGCUAACCUCCGACACUGGUUGGCUCAUGAGCAUGCUGCA